AUGGUGGACCCCGAGUUGCACCUGCACCUGAACGAGGGACGGACCGAGUGGGGAGAGCGCAACCUGGAGGCGCGAGCAGGUGUCUGCCAGGAUCGGGACGAGGACUUCGUGAGUGGGACCAACGCCGCGUGGCUCAAGGCCUGGAAACUCAACCCACGGGACCCCCGCGGCCACGACGAGUCGCGGCAACCCGGCGCAGGGAGCCUGGAACACCUAUGCUACAUGGCGGAAGCAAUGGGCUUUGUUCACGCGGGCGCGGAGGAGGGGGCCUACCUCGAGGACGAGGGCUUGUCCGUGGACUGCGCGGCGCAGCCCGCUCACUGCCAGGGUCCCCUGGAGCUGGCCCCUCGCCCGUGGCUCGCGCUGGGCGGGAUCAAGCGCCUCAAUGCUAAGCCGAAUCGCCAGCGCACGGUCACCCCCGAGAUGUUGACCUGGCUCCACAAGCGUCUCCAGACGGGGGCGCUGGGGGGCCAGGCCCGCCUCACCUCCAAGGGCGCGGACGAGGUGGUGAUCUUCAUCAGGGGCAGCAAGACUGCUGCCGCUCUUGCCGUGCAGGGCGACGCGGCGGACUCGGAAGCGCGGCUUGCUGCCAGAGCAGGCGUUUUCUCGACAGAGCAGUUCCGGGAGGGCCAGUGUGACGCGGACGAGUUGUUCAAGCAGGCCGUCACUGACGAGUACGAUGGGGACGGAGACAAGGACAACGGCGAGAGGCACCUACACGAGAGCCUGUUCCGCAGGGUCCUUGGUGGUAAGUACGUGCACCAUUGCCACCGGCAUCCAAGCACUCAGCGCAGCCGAUCCACGCUGCUGGCCCCCAACGAGGUCGGGGCCGUCGCCUCCGGCGCUGCCGCUGGUGCCCGCGGGAAGCUGGGGGCCGAGGGUCUUGGCGACCCUGACGCGCAGUGGCCCAGUGGGGUGGUGAUCAUUCGACGAAAGCGGCGAGCCGCGCCCCAGCCGCGGCAGCUGCGGCAGGCUCGGGCAAAGCCAGGGCGAGGGCUCGCGGGCGCCACCCUGGGCCUGACGGAGGCAGCCAUGCCGGCAGGCGCCGCCAGCGCCGCAUUGCUGCCGUCGUUCGCCCUGGGUCGCCAAGUCGGCGCCACCGCAGCGGGGGUGCCUGCGAGCUUGUACCAGGUGAGUUGCUCACCCGGCUUCCAGUGCAUCUCCAAGGUGGAGAGCUUCGGCCAGGGCCACGACGGGCAGUUCGCGGGUCCGCCCGGGAGCGCGGAGGCCGCGAAGAUGGGCCGGGCGUUGAAGGGGGCCUGGGAGGUCGGCUGCCCCGCCCGUGGGCAGAUGUCGGGCGCGGGCGAAUGCAAGGAACCUUCGGGUAGCAGCACCAGCGGCAUGUGUUUCGCCACUGGCCGCUACGAGGUGGCGGCAAGCGCCUGCGAGCCAGGCUUGUGCAAGUGCGCCAAGCCUGUGGCCUCGGACGGGGAGAAGUCGCUCAAGUUCAAGUACGCAGACGUGAACGACGGUGUAGAGCUCAGGACGGGAAGCUGGCUCGUGGAGCCAGAGGACCGGUGCGGCAACUGCGCCCAACUCAGUUCCAGUGAGCACGACUGCGAGGAGUGCGAGAGCUGCGUCUGGGACACCCGCACUUACAGAGGUGUCAAGAAGGUCGGCUGCUUCCCAGACGUGCACAAGAGGAAGGCGCGCGUCCUGAGCACGGAGGGGCGCUCCUACUUGCAUGGCCGCGAGGCAGUGCAGGAGAAAUUGCUCGUGGUCCCCCAUUAUCAGCUGUGGGAUCCUCACGAGAGGCACGACCCUCUCGACGCAGGUGGAGGCGUCGACGAAGCGUCGGCUCAGGCAGAGCAGCCAGAAGGGGCGUGGGCGAGCGGGAUAAGGAUGCCCUUCCAGACGCGGCGUGAGCCGCUGUCGAGGUCAGCGUGGGUACAAGCGUACCAGGAGGUCGCCCCGCGGGUCCAGCGCGCGAUGGAUCGCAGUGUGAACCUUGCGAUCGAGCUUCAAAAAGUCACUGGCAGCCUCAAGUGCUGGCAGCCUGGUGGCGACGAAGGCGAUGACGUCCCAGGCAAGAUCUUGAAGAUCUACGCCGUGCAGAGGGGUUGCAGGGAGAUGCAGCAAUUGCAGCAGAGCAUCGCCGCGGGGGUGACCUUCGAGGACAAGGUGGGCAACGAGCCAGUGACCUGUAUAAAGAAUGUCCCCGGAGGCGCUGGGGUCACGAGGGAUGCGGCGGCAGACGCCGAGGCGACGGCGGCGAAGUGCAGCCAGCUGAACUGCUACGCGACGGACAAGAAGUUUACGGAGGCGAUGAACGCCCUGCGCAAGCGGAACGUGGAGUGCCUGACCGAGGGUUGGGAGGAACCAACUGCCCAAGGGGGCGCCCAGGAAGGCGCCGCACCCCUGGCCGACCAGGCCGCCCAAGCGCCACAGGGCGCCCAGGACAGCGCUGUGCCCCCCGCCGACCAGGCGGCUCAGCCACCCCACGGCGCCCAGGGCGGGGCCGCCGCGCUGGCCGACCAGGCAGUCCACUCGGCAGCGGCGCCUUGCCCCGCGCCUUGGCUACCUUGGCCGCGGCCGCCGCGGCGCGGCGCCCCCGCCGCGCGGGACCACCGUGCCCGCCUCCGCCGCGCCGCGGCGCUGCGCGACUUCCUCGGGACGGGAUGACGUGCGGACGGGCGCCAGGGCGUACGCGUGACUUUCGCAGCGGCCGCCCCGCGCA